GUGGCCAUGCGGCUGAGUUCUGCCAUUUUUGGCUUCAAAUUCAUUGGCUAACCGAUCCCCACUAUGUCUCUCUGUUUCCCCUUUCCUUCUCUGUUGCUCUCUUCCCCUAAUUUGCCUCUUAUUCCUUCAUUUACUUUACCCUCUUCUUCUUCAUAUUCUUCCUCUUCCUCUUCCUCUUUCACUCAUCGAUGCAGGGGUCGAGGGUUCGAUUCUUUCAACGCUAUGUAUUCUUGUCGUGUUUUUAGCGGCUAUGGGGCGGGGGAGUUCUCGAGUGGGAGCGAGGAAGAAGAGGAUGACGAGGAAGGGAAUGGUUCCGAUGAUGAAUUUGUGAUGGGAAUUGAAGAGCCUCAUGAUAUUAAUGCCUCUUCUUCUAGGUUGCCCGAUCGUUGGGACGUCUUGGGGCUCGGACAAGCUAUGGUAGAUUUUUCGGGAAUGGUAGACGAUGAAUUUCUGAAGAAAUUGGGAUUAGAGAAGGGUUCAAGGAAGGUUGUAAAUCAUGAGGAAAGAGGGAGAGUAUUGCGGGCCAUGGACGGUCGUAGCUAUAAGGCGGCUGCAGGGGGAUCCCUUUCCAACAGCCUUGUGGCAUUGGCAAGGCUGGGUAUUAGACCCAUGAAGGGCCCUACAUUCAAUGUUGCUAUGACUGGUAGUGUAGGGAGUGAUCCAUUGGGCAGCUUCUACAGGACCAAACUAAGACGUGCAAAUGUCAAUUUUCUUUCUCCUCCUGUUAAGGAUGGGACGACUGGAACAGUUAUUGUUCUUACUACUCCUGAUGCUCAGCGAACAAUGCUUGCAUAUCAGGGUACGUCUUCUACUGUGAAUUAUAAUCCAACAUUAGCUAGUGUAAUUAGCAAGACAAAUGUAUUCGUAGUUGAAGGGUAUUUAUUUGAAUUUCCCGAUACAAUCAAAACGAUUCAAAAAGCGUGUGAAGAAGCACAUCGGUGUGGAGCUCUAGUUGCGGUCACUGCUUCAGAUGUCUCUUGCAUUAUAAAGCAUUUCGACGAUUUUUGGGAAAUCGUGGGGAACUAUGCAGAUAUAGUUUUUGCAAACCACGAAGAAGCAGGAGCUUUAUGUCAUUUCGACUCAAAGGAAAGCUCGAUAUCAGCAGUAAGGUAUCUAAGUCAUUUCGUUCCGCUCGUCUCAGUCACAGAUGGGAACAGAGGUUCAUACAUAGGUGUUAAAGGAGAAGCGGUGUAUAUACCACCUUGUCCGUGCGUACCUCUCGACACUUGUGGUGCGGGAGAUGCGUAUGCGUCUGGUAUUUUGUACGGUAUCUUGCACGGAGUGUCGGAUUUGAAAGAGAUGGGAACGUUUGCAGCCAAGAUCGCGGCUAGGGUCGUCGAGCAACAAGGAACUCGUCUAAGGGUUCAAGAUGCCAUGGAGCUUGCAGAUGCAUUUUCUAGCUUUCAGACUGAUAUUGGCUCAUCACAUGUGUAGCCAUCUUGAUCCUCUCUCAAGCCAUCUUCCCUUUCAAUAAAGUUCUCUUAUCAUAAUUAUAUCUAAAUAAAGAUAGAGAUGGGUAAAGAUGUGCUUGUAGCUGUAACAUUUCACUUGUUAAUAAAUGUUUAUAUUGUUUUUUUUU